AUGACGAGACGAACUGUGAAAGAGCCAAAAGCUAAGCACAUCUUCACCAUUCCUCGGACUGUAGCUACAGGACACAAAAGCCAUCGACCCAAUAGUCGAGAUGCUAGAAGCCAUGCCGCGUUCUGGGGAGGAGCCUCCUCUCGAACAACGCAGACUGUUGCCAAAGCCGGCGACAAGAUCAACUCAAAGACACGUGCGAGAAGUUUACAACCCGUGGUACCCACCUGCAGUCCACCCAAGCUGUUCCCAUCAUCGAGCGUGCGAGCUCUGGACGUGUUGACAGCUUCCGUCAAUGCUUCGAUCCAGAAUACUUGCGGGAAUCUCUUCGGACAGGAAUUCCUGAACAGCCUGACUGGGCCCUUGGCCAAAGGCUAUCUACUCGUCGCGGUCGCGUACUCGAUGGCAGUGGCUGGAGAGGGUGAUAUGAUGGGUUUCCUGGUCCUAAAGGAGCAGCUAUUGCGAAGUGUCCGCCAGGAGCUAGAGGAGAAUCAAUUCAAGGCCGAUCUGCAGAGCUUGGGUCUCAUGCUGCUGUUGGGGUCUCCGGCAGUGUGCCUUCUAUCGCGGCGCCUACCUGGAGGCCUAGGAGUCGCCGAGUACCUGGCUGCGUCUGCGACGGACUCGACCCUGUGCUGUGGUGCAUCGGCCGCAAUCGCAAGAGAGUGUCUUUCCGAAAAUGAGGUCCAUUGGCACCAUCUGUACAAUGUGAUCAGACGACAAUAUGAUGGAAAUGCAUACCAGCUCCAAUGGCUGGACUACUUGGCGAGGUACAUGGAAAUAACGCGACUCUCCGAUAGCGCCUACUUUGAGGACAAGCUAUGCAGACCUUACCAGCCCAAGUCUCGUGGUGCUGACUACAUUGGCCGUGGCACUCCACACCGUGAUUGGUUGUCACCACUCGCCACCGAAUGGAAUGACCUCAAAGCAAGAACCUGCCUGGAGACGCCGAUGCACGCACUUGGUAGGAUGAUGCAGGCAUGGCUCGCCACAUUCCUGGACAGCGAUCACACCUCGAAAGAGGAUGCUUGGCUACUGCUCGAAGAACGACUUCGCCUCGGCCGGAAGAUCGAGCACUUCGUUGGCGUGGCGGUUACCGUUACUGGCGCCGAAACGGCAAUGCUGUCUUGUUGCCAGUGGGCUGCGAUGGUCAUGCUCAAGAGCGACCGCCACAGGAUAUCACUUUGGCAGGCGGCUCGACAGACACCAACGCGUCCACGACUGGUUACAACCCUUCGCAUGACAGACCUGGGCACUUUGUGGGGUCCCUACAAAGGCAUGCUCUAUUGGGUUGUUUCUGUAUGCCAUCGAUCGACCUCUGGGAAGUGUUUCCCUUUGCUUACCACCGCCUUGUUGUCUCGUCUGGCACAUGUCCUGGCAUUGUCGGAGCAGUACGAGGCUAUAGGACUCACACCACUCACAAGACUGGCCGAGUUCGAGCACAUGUGCUGCGAUGGAACGGAAACGCCGACGAUGCAUCCCGACCCAGCGUGGUUCGAUUCCACCGGGCAAUAG